UUAGAAAAAGUCAUCGCGCGCCCAAGUCAUGAACACAGCUGCAAGAAGCUUUUAGGCGCGAUGCAGGCCUUGAUCAAAGACGCGGGUGUAGUGGACGCGCUGCCGGAGCACAAGCCCGCGGUUUCGGCUUUGCUGCGACUGGUCAGCGCAGGCGUGCGCGCUGAGGACGAGGCGUCCGGCACUUCUAUGGCCGUGACGGCUGGGGCUGGCCGCCUCUUGGCAACGUGGUGGGCGCACGUGACGCGAGCUGCUAACGAGCGCGCACCGGUGUCGCUGGACGCCGUGCUACUGCUGGGCCAAGCAACGCUGGCGCUGGUGCGGUCGGACACCUUUCCGGCGCUUGCAAGGCAGCUCGUAGCACGGCCGUCGUCGCCGAUGGGCUUGACGCCCCAACUCAAGUUGCUGGCUGUACUUUUGGAGGCGGCGCUAUUUGCGGACUCCGCGCUCGUCAACCUGCUGGCGAACGCUGUCGCAGCAGCAGUAGCAGCCGGCUCAGCUGGAGGUCCAGGUGGCGGCGGCAGCAGCGGUGGCAACGGCGGCAGCAGCACCGGCAGUGGUAGCCCCAGUGGCAACACCGGCAGCUGCAGUGACAGUAGCGGCAGCAGCGACACCGCAUUCGGCGAGCAGCUGGAGCAGCUCUUGCCAGCGGCGCACCGUGGUAUAGCCGGCCUGUACCGCAGCCUGCUGCCGGAAUUCCUGCGCUCCCUGGCGAGCAGUGGGGCUCUCGAGCACAUGUCUCGUGCAUGGCUGCAGACCUGCAAGGACGCAGGCGGCGUGUCGGAGGAGGCAAACCCGGCUUACCGAACUUGCCUCUGGGCCGUUGAGCGGCUGCACGUCAUCCUGCGAGACAUGGGCACCACCACCCCGCUCGCCCGGCUGCUGGCUCCGACCGUUGCGGCGGACGUUGCCCAGGUCUUGGCCGGCCCCUGCACCCGCUAUGCCGUGAUGGCGAUGGGACUGGCCGCCCUGCACGCCGCCGCGCCCGAGCUACAGCCCGGCGGCGGCGGCUACGGCCUGUCGCAGCAGCAGCUGCACGCGCUGCGCUGCCUCCAACCCGGCCGCCGCAGCAGAAGCGGUUCAGCUGAUGCCGCUGUCGCUGCUGCCGGUGUGCAGGCGGGCCCCGACGAGCUCGAGCCCCGGCCCUUGUUGGCCCUCAUUGCGGUGGUCAGCACGCGCCCUGGUGCAGGCACGACAAGCGGCGCGCAACCGCAACGGCAGGGGUCGGCAAGCACUGCUGCGGACGGGGGCGGCGGCGCCGCCGCGGCAGGGCCGCCACCCGCGAAGCCGGCAACCGCAGCAGCCACAGCAGCCACGGCCGCAGCGGCGGGUGCAACAGGCGCUGGCGACGCUGUGCAUGAUGAUGUGGCAGCAGUCACGACCGCGCCGCAAGGACCUGCGGCAGGACCAGCGGCUGCCGGGCCCGGCGGGGCAGCGGACGCGGCAGCGGAUGCGGCGGCACCGCCGCCGGCGACGCGCCUGUACCUGACGCGUGCCUUAGCCGUCGAUCUGCUGUUGCGGGUGGGAGACGUGUCGCUGGCCUCAGCCAACUACCACGCAGCGCAGGUCAGCGGCAUCCCGUUGGCGGUCCACGUGCGGCCCCCUUGCGUGCUCACCGCGGCAGACGCCAUGCUCGCUUAUACAAAAGCAUCGUCCAACGCAGCCUCCCAGUUGUUCCAUCGCAGGCAUAGUGCCGGCGGCAGCAACGGCGGCGGCCGCUAUCAGGCGUGCAUGGCGCGGCGGAUGGGUCAGGAGCGCUGGCGCGCGGCAGCGCAGCUGUGGUGGCGCCAGUUGUGCGGCAUGUUUGCCCUGCCUCUGCUGCAGCAGCAGCAGCAGCAGCCGGGCUCGCACACUGUUGAGACGCUGUGCGCCACCGUGUCGGAAGCUGCCCUGUGCUUUUUGGACCCUCCGCCGCCGGCGCAGCUGCAGCCCGGCCCGCCGGCCGGCAGGAGUGCAGCCGCUGCCGCAGCUGCCACGGCUACCACGGCUACGUCCGCGCCUGCAGCAGCGGCAGCGACAGCUGCCGCGGCUACGUCCGCGCCUGCAGCAGCGGCAGCGGUAGCGGCAACGGUAGCGGCAGCUGCCACGGCUACGCCCGCGCCUGCAGCAGCGGCAGCGCCUGCGGCAGCGGCAGCGAGCCCUGCUGAGCUGGGUGCCGCGACCCAGCAGACCACCAACCCCAGCGGCCCCAGCAGGCUGCCGGCGCCCAGCGGCGCCGCCCUGCCGCCGCCGGGCUCGGCCCUGCAGGCCGCCCUGGCGGCGCGCGUCGUGCCGUGCCUGCUGGAGCCAGCGCUGCGGCGCUGCGGCCUGCAGCCAGAUGACCCCAGCCCCGGCUUCAAGCUUGCGGAGGCCUUGCUGCCGCGCCCUGGCUGCGGGCUGAGGCUGGCGCAGCUGCUUGUCUAUGCGCCGCCGCGCGAGGCCGCGUCGCUGGUGGCGACAAUGGCGAAGCUGCUGGUGAAGAGCCACGACCACGCGCUGUUUGCUGCGGAGGCCUUGGCGAAUGCCGACGUCACUCGGAGCGGCACUACCCGCACCACUACCACCCCCUCCUCCGCCGCCGCCCCCCAUCUCUCUGUGCCCAGGCGCUUUGUUGGCACCCCGAGCGGCUUGGCCUGCUCCCUGGCGACCGAGUACCUGGACGUGCUCGCGGGCGCCGUGCAGAGGCUGGCAGCCGAACCGGCGGCGGCGCUGGCCGCGGCGGCGGCGGCGACGUCGGCUUCCACCCAGCUACUGCACGCCGCGUCGCUGGACAGCACUAGCACUAGUAGCAGUAGCAGUGGCAGUGGCAGCGAUGCUGCAAGCAGUGGCGGCAGCAGCGGCGGCACCGCCCAGGCAGAGGUCGCUGUGCCGCCGGACGGCGCGGCCUGGCUGCUGCCGGCGCUGCGGUCGUCGUCACACCACCUGGGGCACAUCAACGCGCUGGUCGUGCGGCUGUGGCUGCCGCCGCUCGCCAGAAGGGCCUUAGGAAUAUUCACCGUAGUGCAGGGCGAUAGGGUCGCAUGGACCACAGGCAAAGCCAGGCCGAACCCGGGCGCCGGGGGCUCGAUCGUCGCCGCCUGCCUGCUGCUGCGCCCUGUCUUGGAGGUCACGGCGCUCCUGCUGCAGCAGGCGUGCGCGCUGUACGACUGCGGCUCGGGCGGCGGGUCUGCGCCGGCGUUGGCUGAGGAGCUGCACGCCUUCUUCAUGGCGCAGCUGCGGCUUGCGGCUCUGCUGGAGGUGGCGCUGUCGGUCGUGGUCGGCGUGCAGCGCGUGCUGGGCACCAAGCCGGAGCUGUCGGCCGCGCGGGAGCACUGCGCCGCGCUCUGUCCGGCGCUGGCGGAGGCGGCGCUGGGCCUGGUCACGCUGGAGUGCGGGAGGCAGCAGGCGUCGCACUCGCCGCGGCUGACGUCGAUGUUCGCCGAGCCCACCAUGGCGGCUGCGCUGAGCUGCCACUGGACGUUUGUAAGCAGCGGCGUGACCGACCCCCUGCUGCGGAGCGAGUAUGAGUUGGCGUGCAGCUGCCUGCAGCUGCUUGAGCCUGGGCGCGUGGCGGCUUGCGGCGCGGACAAGUGGCGCCGUGUCGUCAGGGCGCUGCAGGCGGCGAUGCGUCGGCGGCAUGGCCCCUGGGCGGGCCUCAUCGCGGGGGCGGCGCCGCAGGGCAUUGCGUCGCUGCCGCUGUCUGAGGCGCACGUGCGGCUGGGGGUCCCGCGGCUGUGCUCCAACCCCGCAUGCGUCAGUCUGGAGGGCGGCAGUGAGGCGGAGGUGCCGCUCAAGGCGUGUGGCGGCGGCUGCGGUGGCGCGGUGGCCUACUGCUGCCGCGAGUGCCAGGUGGCGCACUGGCGGACGGGGCACAAGGCGAUGUGCGGUACCGCUGGUGCCGGCCCGUCGUCAUCGCAGCAGGACAAAUAAACAAGAAGCAGGGAAGGAUGGCGAGCUGGCCGGGAUCGGCGGGUACACCGGGUGUUCAGCGCAGUGCAUCCUGACAUGAAUGCAGGGUAGGUAGUGCUUAGAGUGGGGCCUGGUGCGUGGGAGUUAUCGGUUGGCCGUAAUUGCACCAAAGCAGGCUGCGAUGGGCUGGAUGCAUGUCCCGUGCUCCCAGGUGUCAAUUCAUCACCCAGCAGGAUGCGAGAGGUGUGGUGCAGCGCAGAUUCCCAAGUCCGUUGUGUCCCGGGCCCAUUUAAGCACGGACAGACUGGACACAGGGCACGCAACACGACAGUUACGGAAAUCCCAGCGGCCACAAACCAAAAGCGCGGUGCAUGUGGACGCAACUUGAGUUGGAUGGGGUCGGAAGCGAGGCACUGCAGGUGUGAAGGCGGUGAUGGGUAGCGACGCAGCCGAUGCGGCAUGGCAUUGUUACUGAAGAUGCUUGAAACCGAAUGUGCACGUUGGGCGUCGUAGCAUUGGUGGCCGUUGCAUCUCUUUGCUCAUGUGCGAGGUAAUGCCUGUUUUGCUGCUGCAGAGCCUCGGCUGCGAAGGCUGUUCAUGUGUUAACUUCACGGAUUGACUAUAACGGGACUUCACGGAUUGACUAUAACGGUUGCUUAAUGUCGGU